AUGAUCGAUCUCGAAACUCAGCAUUUUAAGCUCAAUAGAUUUUUAUUACUCAUUAUUGGCUUAUGGCCUUUACAACAAUCGAACUUGACACGAUUUCAGUUUAUUGUUUUGUUUAAUAUUCUGAUGACAAGUAUUAUAUUUCAGCUCAUGUCAUUUGUUACAUUAAAAUGUACUCCGGAUCUCAUCAUUAAUGUCUUGUCUUCCUUUUUAUUUAGUAUGCCGACGAUAAAGGAUUUAUUGAUGCAACUUCAAGAUAUAUAUGAUAGAUUAAAAGAUAAAAAUGAAAUUGAUAUUGUAAAAGAAUAUAGUUACAAUGCGAAACGUUUUACGAUUGUACUUACAAUAUUUAGUAUUUGCGGCCUUUCUUUUAUCAUCAUUAUAUCUUGGUCGAGUGUAUUCUAUCCAAUUACGUAUCCAAUAAACGUAACUCAAACACGUCACUUACCGAUGAGAAUAAAAUACUUUAUAGAUCAAGAAAAGUAUUUCCUCUUGAUUCUCUUACACUUCAAUGCGACGAUGUGCAUUGGGAUGAUUGCAGUAUUAGCAAUAGGAGCAAUGCUUAUUACGUAUCUUCAACAUACCUGUGGUAUGUUUAGAAUUUCCAGUUAUCGUAUUAAACGCGCAAUGCAGAUCAAUACGCUAGAAAAUAUCAAAAUGAAGAAAGAGAAUUUAAUAUUAAAAGGAAUAAUUAGUGCUGUAGAUAUGCAUCGACAAGCUAUGAAAUUAUCCGGACUUUUGGUAUCAAAAAUUCAGACAAUGAUAUUCUGUUUAAUAAUAAUCGGAGUGAUCAUUUUGAGUCUCAGUUUCUUUCGAGUAAAUCAAUCAUUCGCCAAUUAA